AUGACAGUUUUCCUUUCCUUUGCUUUCCUCGCUGCUAUUCUGACUCACAUAGGGUGCAGCAACCAGCGCCGAAGUCCAGAAAACGGUGGGAGAAGAUAUAAUCGGAUUCAGCAUGGGCAGUGUGCCUACACUUUCAUUCUUCCAGAACACGAUGGGAACUGUCGUGAGAGUACGACAGACCAGUACAACACAAAUGCUCUGCAGAGAGAUGCUCCACACGUGGAACAGGAUUUCUCUUCCCAGAAACUUCAACAUCUGGAGCAUGUGAUGGAAAAUUAUACUCAGUGGCUGCAAAAAAUUGAGAAUUACAUUGUGGAAAAUAUGAAGUCGGAGAUGGCUCAGAUACAACAGAAUGCAGUUCAGAACCACACGGCCACCAUGCUCGAGAUAGGGACCAGCCUCCUCUCUCAGACCGCAGAGCAGACCAGAAAGCUGACAGAUGUUGAGACCCAGGUACUAAAUCAAACUUCUCGACUUGAAAUACAACUGCUGGAGAAUUCAUUAUCAACAUACAAGCUAGAGAAACAACUUCUUCAACAGACAAAUGAAAUCCUAAAGAUUCAUGAGAAAAACAGUUUAUUAGAACAUAAAAUCUUUGAAAUGGAGGGAAAGCACAAGGAAGAAUUGGACACCUUAAAGGAAGAGAAAGAGAAUCUUCAAGGCUUGGUUACUCGUCAAACAUAUGUAAUCCAAGAACUGGAGAAACAGUUGAACAGAGCCACCACCAAUAACAGUGUCCUUCAGAAGCAGCAGCUGGAGCUGAUGGACACAGUGCAUAACCUUGUCAGCCUCUGCACUAAGGACGGUGUUUUACUAAAGGGAGGAAAAAAAGAGGAAGAAAAGCCAUUUAGAGACUGUGCAGAUGUAUAUCAAGCUGGUUUUAAUAAAAGUGGAAUCUACACUAUUUAUAUUAAUAAUAUGCCAGAACCCAAAAAGGUAUUUUGCAAUAUGGAUCUGAAUGGGGGAGGUUGGACUGUAAUACAGCAUCGUGAAGAUGGAAGUCUAGAUUUCCAAAGAGGUUGGAAAGAAUAUAAAAUGGGUUUUGGAAAUCCCUCUGGUGAAUAUUGGCUGGGAAAUGAGUUUAUUUUUACCAUAACCAGUCAGAGGCAGUACACACUAAGAAUCGAGUUAAUGGACUGGGAAGGAAACCGAGCCUAUUCACAAUACGACAGAUUCCACAUAGGAAAUGAAAAGCAAAAUUACAGGUUGUAUUUAAAGGGUCACACUGGGACAGCAGGAAAACAGAGCAGCCUGAUCUUACACGGUGCUGAUUUCAGCACUAAAGAUGCUGAUAAUGACAACUGCAUGUGCAAAUGUGCCCUCAUGCUAACAGGAGGCUGGUGGUUUGAUGCUUGUGGCCCAUCCAAUCUAAAUGGAAUGUUUUAUACAGCGGGGCAGAACCAUGGAAAACUGAAUGGAAUAAAGUGGCAUUACUUCAAAGGGCCCAGUUACUCCUUACGUUCCACAACUAUGAUGAUUCGACCUUUGGACUUUUGAAGGCACAAUGUCAAAAGCAACUUAAAAGGCCACUAAGAAAUCUG